AGAGAGAGAGAGAGAGAGAGGAGAGAAGAGCACCACCGCCCUCUUUCACCAUUUAAACACAUGACACUCAAACAACCCAUCAGUCUCCUAAGAAAGAACAAGGACAGGCUUCAGUCUUAAAGCCUUAAAAGCCUCACAUUUUUCAUGGACGACUCUUCUCUCCCUCAUCCUCCCCAAGAAACCACCACCACCACCCCUUCUGAUGCCGCUACCACCCCGGCUGCCCCCUCAAUUACAACCGCGACAACUGGUGACACUAAUAGUGAUACUAAUAAUAAUAGUAGCAGUGAUAAUAGUAGGAAGUGCAAGGGAAGAGGAGGGCCAGAUAACAGUAAGUUUAGAUACAGGGGAGUUAGGCAACGAAGCUGGGGGAAAUGGGUAGCUGAGAUUCGUGAGCCAAGAAAGCGAACUCGAAAGUGGCUCGGAACUUUUGCUACCGCCGAGGACGCAGCCCGAGCUUAUGACCGCGCCGCCAUCAUCCUCUAUGGCUCUAGAGCGCAGCUUAAUUUGCAACCCUCGAAUUCCUCCUCAUCAGCUCAAUCCUCUUCUGCAUCCUCUCGCGGCUCAAGCUCUUCCUCCACUCAGACUCUUCGACCCUUGCUUCCACGUCCUUCUGGCUUCGGCUUCACUUUCUCUCUUUCGGCUUCAAAACCUUCUCCAGCGGUAGCGGUGGCGGCUACGGCUGCUGCUGCUGCCUCGGCUUCAUCUGGGUUUGGUCCGUACGGGGUUUAUCAUCAUCAUCCCAACGUUGUUGGGUCGAGCAUGCUAUGUCCUAGUAACAUAGUACAGAAUCCAAAGGAACAAAUUAUGUCACACCACUAUCAAUAUCAGUAUCAAAACCCACUUCUUGAAGGGUCCAAUCUUAACACUGGCCACUCUAGUAGUAGCAUCGCAACAACCUCGUAUCAAAAUCUUAACUAUGAUUAUGACGGUCAUAACCGUCAUCAUCAACAACAACAGCAACAAGAACCAGGUUUGUACGAGGAUAUCAGUUCGUUGGUGGGCUCGGUGGGUUCUAGUUUGUCUCUAUCCGGUAAUACUCAACCUGCAACUGCACCGGCAGGUCAGGAUCAGAUCAUGCAUGUGGGACCUGGAUCUCCUUCGUUGUGGCCUUUGACAAGUGAUGAUGAAUACCCACCAUCUAGUAUUUGGGACUACGGGGAUCCUUCCUUAUUUGAUCUAUGAGUUCUUGAUGAGGAGGAUAAAAAUUUGCAUGGGGAUUUUAUCCUAGAAAACAAGUCUGGAUUUCAUUAAUCACCAUUUGAGAUGAAGAAUUUCAAAGAAGAAAGUGAUUAAAGAUUGUUGAUUCUACCAAAGAUGGUUGGAAAGAGAAGACGUCACCAAUUUGCAUGUGUUUUGUUUAUCCAAUGCUGGUUCCACAAUAAAGCUGAGAAAGAUCUCUCAAGGUAAGUUAAUAAUAAUAUGUUUCUGUUAAGGUAAAGGUUGCUGCUUGCAUGCUUCGAUCUUUAUUUAGGUAGGUAAUUAAUUAUUAAGAUUUUAGAUUUUUGAUAAUGGAUUUUAGAGAGGAGAAGAAUUAAUCUAGUGUCAUCGGUUAGGGUUUGGGUUGGCUACAGGAAAUGUCAAGUUUGGACUGAAAGAAAUAUAUAUUGCUGUUUUCUUCAUCAAUAUUCAAUUAAUGAUAAAUUUUCAAGAAUUUUCACUUGUA